UAGAGCAGCUCUCAGCCUUCAGCUGGAACCAUCUCGCUCCACUUCCAGCAAGUCGCAACCGGCAGCGCCGUGAGAGUUCCCUCUCCAGUCCGCAGACACUCGGCUCCAGGCUCCUUGCUGCUCACAGGCUUGUCCCGCUGGAUACUCCGGAUGGAUUCGCUCUGGCACUACCAGUUCCGCAUUAUCAUGCUGGGGGACUCGACGGUGGGAAAGUCGUCCCUGCUGAAGCGUUACACCGAGGGCACCUUCCUCGACUCCAUCAACCAGACGGUGGGGGUGGAUUUCUAUGUCCAGUUUGUGGAGCUGGAGCCCGGGCUCCGGAUCAAGCUGCAGUUCUGGGAUACGGCUGGGCAGGAGCGAUUCAGGUCAGUGACUCGCUCUUACUACCGCAACUCCGCUGGGGCAAUGCUGAUGUUCGACCUGACCAACCGAGCAUCCUUUGAGAGUAUCAAGGAGUGGCAUCAGGAGGUGACAGACACGGUGAAACCUUUUCACGUAGUCUUUGUGCUGGUUGGGCACAAGAGUGACCUGGUGCCACAGCGCCAGGUUGAGCGAAAGGAGGCUGAGAAGCUGGCUUCCUCACUGGGGGCAAAGUAUAUAGAGACAUCCGCUAAAAGCAACAACAAUGUGGAUGAUGCCUUCCAGCUGCUGACCUUGGAGAUCUAUGAAGCUGUGAAGGCGGGGGUGCUGAGCCCAAACAAGGAUUGGGAUGGGGUGAAAAGCAGACUGCCACCCACAGAAGAGCCCAAAGUACAGAACCUGGGAAAACAAGAGAAGCAGAAGAAGUGCUCGUGCUAGCCAGACAUUGUAGACUAAGAAGCCAGAGUGAGCUACCAUCACUCACCUUCCUGUUUGAGACUUGGCUGCCAGGCAGGACUAUAUGCAAGGAGAGUCACAAUAGCCUCUUCUAACAUGCUAGUAGUUCCCGUUAACCUCUCCCAGCAAAGACAACAAACAGAACUGGAACGGGUAAUGUUUCCAUCCACUCACGUUCAAAGGCUGCAGGGUUACACAGCACCCUUUGUGCUUGGAGGAAAUUCCAAAUAGGAAUCCAAUGGUCUAAAGCACUGGAAAAGUCUGGAAUUUACACUUGGAUACAAAGUUAAAUACAUUUUAUUCAUAUUUCUGGUUGCCUUUAGCAUUAAAGUUAGAACAAUAAACAUGCCAAUGAAAAUGGCAAGUGUCCCCCAAGUGGUAUAAACAGCGACACUAGACCCAGGUGCAUCCGAUGAAGUGAGCUGUAGCUCACGAAAGCUUAUGCUCAAAUAAAUUUGUUAGUCUCUAAGGUGCCACAAGUACUCCUUUUCUUUAGACCCAAGAGGUGCCUGCAGAUUCAGAGGAUUUAGAAUCUCCAUGGAUGCUGCAUUUUCUACAGACUAAACAUUCUUCCAGCCAUCCUGGUUGUGACGCACUCCCAGCAUCGAUGUUCAGCUUGGAGUCUACAGAGCCACCCAGCGACAGCAUCUGAAGCACCCCCAGCUACUCCCAUUCUCAUCAGUGCGGCUCCUCAUUUUAAAACCCUCAAGUUAACAUUAAGUGGUGUUUUGCUGCAGGUUGUCCUGCCCGAAACAUCCAGCCACCACGUCCCUCUCAUGUCACUGAACUUCCCCUUCGCUUAAAAGGAGAUGGCCUAGGAACAAGGCUGCAAGUUUCGAAUAUGAAAACAGUCACUCUAUUUGGGAAAAGCAGCUUCCCUCUCAGGCCUUAGCUUUAGCAAUCAGGUUCUAGGGCAACAGGACUGGCUAUUCCCGCAGGCUGUGUUCUUGUGACUACGCAGGGUACUGAAAUGCCUUCAAGACAGAACAGGGUAGCUUUCGCCUCCAGGUUACUGGUUAGAAUCCAGACCAUGCUGAUAGUUUAAAAAUCAAAUAAAACAAAACAAAAAACUAGGCUCUGUUGGCUUUUUAGGUGACCACUAUAAGAAAUGAAUUGGGCAGGUUUCCAACCAGUUUCCAGACCAGACUGUGGUACCUAAACUUGAUGUUCUAUCCGUUCACUUCACAAUAAUUUAAGAAAGUGGCACAAGAACCAAUGAAGUUUGGGAUCCAGUUUUAAACCACAUCAUAAAGAACCAUCUCUACAACUGGCCCCUACAAUGUCAGUCUCAGCGGAAAGACCAAUUAUUAGCUAGGCACGGAGAAUGGAUGACAUUCAUACUUACUAGUGUGAAUCCCCAUUUUGGAAGGGCCAUGUCAGGUACCAGAAUGGCAGUUUAGGACACUGCCUAUGCUGUCAAUAAGAGUUCAGUUAUGAAGUUAACCAAUCUCAGCAGGAUUCUUGCAAAAUCCCCUCCCUUACUGCAAUAAACACACUUUGUAUAGGUUUACAUUUUAAUGUUUUUAGACAGUGUGUACGGAGAGAUUUGGCAAACCAGUAAAGUGCCUGAAACCACUAUUGCAAGGGUUCUAAAACU